AUGGAUAAUAUAGUUGCUAGAAUUAAUAAAAAGAAUACAAAAUUAAAGGACCUUAUGGCCAGCUGUGACCAGCUGGAGCUUAAUUUCAAGGAACUAUGUGAAACUAACAACAUUGAAGUAACUCCAUAUAAUCUAAAUGAUAAGCACAUCAAAAACCUGAAGAAGUACAAUGAACUGAGAGAUACGGGGUUAAGGCUUGUACAAUUCAUUGCAAAUGAGAAAAACUGUAGAAUAAAAGAGAUAUUUGAAGAAAUGAAUUUCAGCACUGAAGACUAA